AGCGGAAGCGGGGCGCUUCCGGGGCGAUGGCGGCCGGCGGCAGCCUGAGCCGCUCGGAGCGGAAGGCGGCGGCGCGCGCCGAGCUGCUUCAGCAGGAGGAGCUGCGAGACCGGCGGAGGCAGGUGUCGCGCAUCUGGCGGAAGCCGCCGGCGGAGCGGAGCCCCGCGGAGUGCCAGGUGCUGAGCGAGAGCGAAGACGUCGUCCGCGAGCUGGAGCGGCGCCGCAAGCGGCGGGAGCGCCUGCGCCGGCGGCAGGAGGAGGUAUGCGACGAACCAGAGGAGUUGAAGAGAAAGGCUAUUGAGCUGGCUGCAGCUGUCCGGAGUGCCAAGCACCUUGUUAUCUACACAGGAGCAGGGAUCAGUACGGCAGCUUCAAUCCCAGACUACAGAGGCCCUAAUGGCAUAUGGACGUUACUGCAGAAGGGCAGGAGUGUAAGGACUACAGAUAUGAGUGAGGCAGAGCCCACACUCACUCAUAUGAGCAUUGCCUGCCUACACAAGCACAAUCUGGUGCAGCAUGUGGUGUCUCAAAACUGUGAUGGGCUGCACUUGCGGAGUGGGUUACCCCGAACAGCAAUAUCUGAGCUCCAUGGAAACAUGUACAUAGAGGUCUGCACUUCCUGUACACCCAACAGAGAGUAUGUGCGAGUAUUUGAUGUGACAGAACGCACAGCCCUGCACAGGCAUCAUACUGGCAGGAUGUGCCACAAGUGUGGGGCACAGUUGAGAGACACAAUCGUCCACUUUGGGGAGAAGGGGACGUUGAGACAGCCCCUGAACUGGGAAGCAGCAACAGAAGCUGCAAGCAAAGCAGAUGUGAUUCUUUGUCUGGGUUCCAGUUUAAAGGUUUUGAAAAAAUACCCACAUCUUUGGUGCAUGAGCAAGCCACCAACUCGUCGUCCAAAAUUAUAUAUUGUGAAUCUCCAGUGGACCCCAAAAGACGACCUGGCUGCCCUGAAGCUGCAUGGCAGGUGCGACGACGUCAUGAGGCUACUGAUGGAGGAGCUCGGGCUGGAGAUCCCGAGUUAUGACCGAGCGCGAGACCCCAUCUUCACGCUGGCCGAGCCGCUGCGCCCCGGCGAGGAAGGCACCCACUCCCGGAAGCCGGUGGCUCCCCUGCGCAGUGCGGAUCCGCCGGCGGCCGCGGCGCCGCGGGAGGAGGAGGAGGAGGAGGAGGAGGCGCCGCCGCCGCCCCCCCGGGCCGGGGGCUGGCUGGGCCGCGGCUGCGCCAAGGGCGCCCGGCGCAGAAAGAGCAACUGACGGCGGCGGGCGGGGCCCGGGGCGGCCCGCGG